AUGAGCUUAGAAACAGUUCAACAACUUAUUAACGAAUAUCAUAAAGUUAGUGUUAUUCAAGAAAGAGAUCCACAUAAAGAAGAAAAUAUGAUUUUUUAUGUAACUAAAGAAAGAGAUAUUUAUAGAUUAAUAAGUGAACAACUUAGACAAAUAAUUCAAAAAAAGACUGAAGAAACACAAACAUUAAAAAAUCAAUUAUUUAGAUUUGAAGAACAAUCAAAAAAAUUAAUUGGAGAGGCUGAGACUCAAUGGAAUCUUGAAAAUAAAAACUUUUCUGUUUAUAAUGAAAAGCCAUAUAUUGUUAAGCUUCAAGAAGAAAAAGAAGAAAAAAUCGCUUCUCUUGAAGCACUAAUUAAAGAAGGAAAAACUGUAACUGAAAAACAAAGAAAAGAAUUAUUAAAAAUUCAUGAUAAAGCAUUUGCUGAAAUUAAUUUAAAAAUGAAUGAAAUUUAUGCAUCAAUGCCACAAAGCAGUUAUAAAAGAGAACAAUCUGAAAGAUACCUACAAAGAAAUAAAAUUAUUUCUGAAGGAAUUGAAAUGAGAGAGAAAAAAAUGGUCAAAGAAAUAGAUGCAACGUUUAUUAAAUUUAUUAAAAAAGAUGAAAAUACACAAAAAGAUUCUUCUAGUGAACAUCAAAUAACCAAACGAUUUAAAACAUUAAAUAAAACAACAAAAGAAAGUAUUAUUAAAGAACAAAGUGAACGUAAAAGAAGAGGUAGUGAUCCCAGUAAUUCUAGUUCAGAUAAAUCGAAACAAGAAUUAAUAAAAAUAAAUGAUCAAAUAACAGGAUAUAAACCUUUAAAUAUGUUAACGGUUGAAUUACCUUUAUUAACUUCAAAAAUAGAAAGUUAUUGGGGUUAUUUUCCUUUAAAAGAAGAAUUUGGAUCACCACAACUUUUUGAUAUAAGUGGUAAAUGGGUUAGGUAUUCAGGUGGUAGUGAUCAAGGAACAUUUCUUUAUCCUAAAGAACCAUGGUGGGAUGGUUAUUUUAAAAGUGAAACUGAAGAAGAUAUUUCAAAAUGGAUAGGAAUGGAUUCAAAUUUACGUGUUGUUUUCUUAGCCCUUAAAGAAUUUGAUUCAAUGCCAUUAGAAUUUAAUCAAUAUUCUAGUGGUGAUGUAGGACUAUUACUUCGUUGGAGUGGUGGAGAAAUUAAAGAUGUUAUCCCUAAAGGAUAUGCAUUUCCUAAUUCAAAUACUUGUACGAAAGAAAGAGCAACAAAAAUAGUAAAAUCAUAUUUAAAAUAUGCAGUUCAAAUGUAUCCUGUAACAAAAAAAGUUGAAACUGAAAUGUUGCAAUUUGAAGAAGUAACUAGUCCAAAAAAAAUUAGUGUUGGAGUUGUCUGUUCUAAUGGAUUAACAAAAUGGAAAUCAGUAACUGAAAAUAGAGAAUGUGAUGAUAAAUUAUUUGAGUUUCUUGGAAAUAUUGGAAAUGGAAUUGAAUUAUUAAAUUUUAAUGGAUAUAGUGGUGGAUUAGAUAUUACCACAACUACAAUUGAUGGACGUUAUUCAGUUUAUUCAAGGAAAGAUUGUUUUGAAAUAAUGUAUCAUGUUGUCCCAUUACUAACGGAAAGAAGUGCAACUAAAUUGUUCAACCAAGAGAAUAUUGUUAUUGUAUUUAAAGAUGGUGGAGAAAGAAUUGAUUUAUCAAGUGUUCAAUUUAGAACUCAGGUUAUUAUUGUUGUAAAUCCAUUACCUUCUUCAAACUAUAGAAUAGAAUUAUGGGCAAGAGGAAGUUUAAAAGAAAUUGAAAUACGUUUACCUAAAGAUGAAUAUAUUGUAUCUAAAAAAUAUUUAAAAGAAUUCAUUAUGUCUAUUAUAAUUAAUGCGUCUUACAGCACUUCUGUAAGUGGUGUAUUACAAUCUUCUUGUAGCAGAGAACGUUCAAAUGCAUUAAAAGCUAUUUAUGAGAAAACACUGGGAAAUAAUAAACAUAAUUCUUCAAUCUUUUAA